AAUUUAGAAAGGUGAGGACCAUGAAGGAUGUUUGGGUGUCUUUUUAUUAAAGAAAACCAGGUAGUCACUCUAUCUGAAGCAAUUUUGGCUUCGAGAACCACGAAGGGGCCUAAUAGGAUGUGAAUAAGGAGGGCCAGGAGGAGGAAGAGGAGGUCCCCCCAAAAAAUGGCUGGGCGGGAACCAAGAAAGAAGAAAAAACUAGACACUCCCCAACUUCCUAUUGGGUCUGUGAGGCGGAGGCUGAGAGAGGAAGCGCCUCGGAGAGCGCCAUGAUCCCUCCCUCAGGCUCCGCCUCUCCUCCUUUGGCCGUCGGGUGUGAGAUGAAAACUUUCUGGCGGCCGCAGUGGCUGAAGGGAACUUUAGAAAGGGAAAAAAAAGGGGAGCGAGGGAAGCGCAAGAUGGCGGAAAAUUUAAAAGCCUGUACUAUUUGUUGCAAGUCGACUUGGUCCCAACUCCAAGAUUUAUGUCGUUUGGAGAAAAUGUGCUGCCCUUCCUUGGGCAUUACGAGAAAAAACCUCUGUGAUUUUGAAGUGGAAUAUCUCUGUGACUACAAGAAAGUCGGAGAUGAGGAGUACUACCUAGUGAAGUGGCAGGGCUACCCUGAAUCAGAGAACACCUGGGAGCCCAGGAAGAACCUGCGUUGUAUCUCCAUACUGAAACAGUUCCACCGGGACCUAGAGCAGGCUUUAAUUCGCCGAGGAGGUAAAUUCAAGAAGAACAUCCGCUUGCUUGACCAAGGCAUCUCCAGCUACCUGGUGCAGAAGGCCAAACAGCGGAAAGCUUUGCAAAACUGGGAGCAUGAGCUCAAUGCCAAGCGCAGCCACAAGGGACGUAUUGUGGUUGAGAAUGAGGUGGACUUGGAUGGGCCUCCCCGGGACUUUGUCUACAUUAAUGAAUACAAGGUUGGGGAGGGUAUCACUCUCAACCAGGUGGCCGUGGGCUGUGAAUGCUCAGACUGUCUGUCAGAAGCAGUUGAUGGUUGCUGUCCUGGUGUUUCCCACCAUAAAUUUGCCUAUAAUGAGCUCGGCCAAGUGAAGAUCAAGGCUGGCAUGCCCAUCUACGAGUGCAAUUCUCGCUGCACCUGUGGGAUUGACUGCCCCAACCGAGUGGUACAGAGAGGCAUUCGUUACGACCUUUGCAUUUUCCGGACAGCAAAUGGACGUGGCUGGGGUGUACGCACGUUGGAGAAGAUCCGCAAGAACAGCUUUGUUAUGGAAUAUGUGGGAGAGAUCAUCACAUCAGAGGAGGCUGAACGACGCGGUCAGAUCUAUGAUCGACAAGGUGCUACUUACCUGUUUGACCUGGACUAUGUAGAAGAUGUAUACACAGUGGAUGCUGCUUACUAUGGCAACAUUUCUCAUUUUGUCAACCACAGUUGCAACCCCAAUUUACAGGUGUACAAUGUCUUCAUUGAAAAUUUGGACGAGCGGCUCCCACGCAUUGCCUUCUUUGCUACUCGAUCUAUUCGUGUUGGUGAGGAACUUACUUUUGACUACAACAUGCAAGUGGACCCAGUAAAUGCUGAAAGCACAAGGAUGGACUCUAAUUUUGGGCUGGUGGGAGGCCUUGGUGGCUCACCAAAGAAGCGGAUGCGAAUCGAGUGUAAAUGUGGCACGGAGUCCUGCCGGAAAUACCUCUUUUAGUUCCUUAUCAGUUUUGCUUGGAAAACGUCUGAUCAGGCCUGGACUGGAAGCCAAGAAAAAAAGUUGACAGUUGCUGAACGAUUGCAGAGUAAGAAUCAGGCAGUUGUCUGCUUGAAAAACAAGUUAACAGGACUAUGAAUGGUAAACCCGUAUCUCCUGUGCAACCCAGCUCAACUUGACUGUAUCUCACUGCCAGACCAGAGUAUUCUUAUGGCAUCUGUGCUGUUAGGUGGGAGGAAGGUUUGACCUGUCAAACAUGCUGCUGAGAUGGCUGGAGAAACCACAGCACAGAGGAAAACUUCCACUGUAAGUCUGUCUGUCUCAUCAGAACCUGGGUUAAAGCUUCUUCUAUUUUAAAGGCUUGAUUGCAAGUGCAACAGGGCAGAAAACACUGGCAUUUCCCCCUCUCAGUGUCAUUUUUUUAGGGAUAAGAGGUCUUGGUUUUUAAUGCAAAGCACUUCCUAGCCGCCCAAUAGGUAGGUGGGAAAACACAGCCAUUUUUGUAUCUUAAAUCAAUUUGUCUGUGCACAGACUCUGUAUUACCUCAAUGUGCCAUAUGACUGCUGCCCACCUUAUGUAUUCAUGGAACCUUUUCAGUGAGGGUGGCUCAUAAAUUUGUACUUGAAAUCGCACUUACUACCCAUCAUGAAUUUAAGCCCUAUGCAAACCGAAAAGCCUCAGUGUUUCCUCUUUUAACUAAUGCAUUUUUUAAUGGGAAAUAUUUUAAUAUCUUUUUGGAAGUGGGUUGGGAUAGAGAAUCUAGCUUCUGAAAACAGCUAUAUUCUGGAAUCUGUUCUGAAGUUAUAAAAUUAUGACUGAUAAAUAACAUGUUUGGAUUCCUUAUUUUAUCUUAUACUUGUUUUAAAAACAUCAGAUGAUUUCUGUUGUAUAACUUUGUGGAGUAGGGAAUUAGAAAAAACAUCAGCAGAAAAAUUAUGGAAGACUAUACUAGAUCUGCAGAUCAAUUUUACUUGCUUGUGAAUUUCUUCAGAAGUACAAAAGGGGGUCUUAUAACUGUACUGGACAGACAUUUAGGUUUGAUGCCCAAACCAGUUAAUUUUAUCAUAGCAUUGAAAUCUCUUGUCAUAACCAUAGGCACAUUUAUCACCUGCCACAUCUCCAAGAGGAGAGCUGGAGAUACAGAAAAGGGCAGUGAAAAUUACUGGGGGCUAGAGCACCUUUCUCAUUCUGGAAAGGUUAUGACACUUGGGUCUCUUUGGAGGUAAAAGGCAGGGGAGGUAUACUGAGGUUUAUAAAAUAAUUUAUAUGUGAAAUACAGCAAUUUUUCUCAUAACACUAGAACUUAAUGUUCAAAUAUGCUGGCUUGCAGAAGAUUUAGGAUAGAAGUACUUCCUCAGUCAGUAUUUCCAUGUGAAAUUCACUGCCACAAGAAGUGUGGCCAUUAGCUUAGAUGACUUAAAAGUGAGUUAUGUAAUUUUAUGGAGGAUAAGGCUAUCAAUUAUUAUUAUUACAUGCUAACUCCAAGUUCAGAGAUAUUGUACCUUCGGAGCCACUGUUGCUCCCAGUAACUGAUGAGAUUAUAAUUGCCUUCUUAUCUUCGCAAGCUUUCAGAGACAUCUGGUUAGCUAUUAUUGGGAAAACAGGAAAACUAAGGAGACCAUUUGUCUGAUCCAGUAGGAUUCUUAAUGUGCUCAAAACAAAUAGCAGAGUGACUGACUUAUUUUGUAACAAAUGAAAGAGUACUACAGAGCUUUUAUAAAAAAAGCACUGCCAGAUGUCAGACAUCAUUGUUUAUUUUGUUAAACUGAGGCUAAGGCAAGUUGCAGGUAGAGGUCAUUAGGAAUACAGUUAGGUAAUCUGUUAGCCCAGCGUUCAUUGUGUCACUUUUCCUAAAACACAUCUGUGAUUAUGGGAAAAUUCUGACCAAAAUCCCCAUGCUGCUUUUAAACAUUUGUCCCUUUACAGCAGGAGUGGGGAACCUUUGGACAUCUUGAUGUUGAAUUCCAGUUCACUUCAUAGCACAGCCAAUCGUUAGGGAGAAAGCUGGAAUCCAAUAGCAUGUAGAGGGCCAUAGGUUCUCCAGCACUCCGUUAUAGACUAAUCUUUAUUCUUCAUUCUCUACCUGAUAAAUCUUUCUUCUAGAGCUGAAUAAUGUCAUUAAGUGCUGGAAGCAUUGUUAAACCACUGUUAACAUAGAUUGUGCUAAAUCCCUCAUCUGCAUACUUGUACAUCUCUCACCCCUCCAUUACGCUGUGCAGUAUGAGGCAAAAACGAGGCUGACUUUCACCUCUGAGGUGAUGAUCCCCUUAGCUCAGCUUAUGCUUCUUCAUAUGAUGGUGUUAUGGUGCUAAUGAAAAACUUUCUAGCAUCCCAUAACUAAAUCCUUAUCUUUUGGGUACUUAGCAUAAAAAUCUAUUUGGCCAAGUACCACCUGUCACCUUUUCCGGUAACAAGGACCUUAGAAACAUUUUCUCCUAGUUCACAGAAAAGAGAACAAAGCCAAGGUAAAGGACACAAUCACAGCAACAAUACAGAAGAGUUUCUACAUAACUAGUUCCCCACCGCCCACCCUAUUACAAUGCCACACAUGCUGUAGAAGUGGCAUAAGGUAACUACAUUAAGUAGCUGCAAAUUUCAAUUUAAACAGACUCCAUUUGUUGUAGAACUUAGACUUCGAGGAGCACCUGGGUUUGCAUACAGCUGUCAGGAAUAUUCCAGCCAGAGGUUUUGUAAAUUCCAAAUACACUAUCAGUAUUAUUUGUAGCAGUCAUUGUUGAUGUGGAGGAAAAAACUGUUCAUUACCUGUACAUCCCCUAUUUCAAACUAGGAACAUGUCCAUUCAAGUUGGAGAUAACAUGUUAACAGUCCAAUGUACAGAUGAGCAAGUGGAAUUACUUCCUGUUGCUGGGAAGUCUGUGCACAAAGUUAAUGCUAUAGAGUUCAGAAGUCUAAGAGACAGACUAGUAAUGCAAGCUAAUCCUUCAGAAUAGAUGGCUCAGUGGCACCAGACAGAGGCAAAAGAGAAUUUGCUUCCUGGUGCUGGAUAACCCUGAUGUGAUGUUCACACUGAGUAUGGUGGUGUUUUAACUCAUGCUGUGUAAAUAUUACUGGUCUUCAGUAUUUCUAGGCUGGAAGAGGCCAUUGUUAGAAUGCUAAAGCUGUUUUGCACUGGCAAGGAGUAGACUGCUACUAAAUGGAACUUGAACCACGCUGAUGAAUCAGAAAAGAAUCCUUGGAGUUCCGAAUCCUAUGCUGCCAAUUAACCAGCAGCCAAAGGAGCCCUUAAUGGCUACUGUAAUCAACAGGACACAAUCUAGACAUUAAACACCAUAAACCACAAUAAAACAAAAUGUUUCCUAGUA